GUCAACAACAACAGCUCCCAUUGUUGUGGAAGAUUAGUCUCUCAUGAUCGGCUACAUAUAAUAUACGUACAAUGGCGGACGAAGGAAAAAAGAAAACCUCCGGCUCCGAGGAAUACGCCCAAUCCGAUGAAAAGGAAGAGACGGACAUCAGCCAAGAAAUGGAGGAAGAAGAAGAGGAGCCCGCCGGUUCGGACCCGGCGACAGCCAAAUCCGGCGAUGAGGAGGAGCAAGCGCUCAGCCAAGAAAUGGACGAGGAGGACCCCCCUUUGCCAAGGGAGCGCCAGAAAAAAAGAGCACGAUCCCACGAGACCGACCCCUCGCCGGAGGCGUCUCAGACGCCCGUCGCUCACCCGAAAUCCGCCGCCCACCCGGCAGUCCAGCAGGACGCGAGAUCCCAGAUGGACGUAGAAAUUCAGGAAAUUGACGACGAUGAAGUGCAAGAAGUGCCCAAAAAUGAGGACGAGCAACGCCGAAGUUCCAAUCGAAAGCGAGCCAAGGUCGAUUAUACGGACGAUGGGUUCAAAAAGGCCGCCGAAUCCUCAGCCAAGGCCUCCGAAGAGGAGGAGGAUAAUGAGGAGGAGGAGGACGACGACGACGACGAUGAUGAUGACGAUAUCCAAGAUGUCACGCCCACCCACCCUAAUACCGGCCAUCCCCCCAAGCCUGAAGUGGCUGGUUCCCACUCAACGCCGCCCAAAUCCACUUCGGAAGACCUGAUGGGAUUGCCCGUGGAGCCCACGGGCUUGGAAGGUGCGGCUUUUCAAAGUCGGGUCCCGUUCGACAAGAUGACCCAAGUGGAGGCGGCCUGUUUCCCCGACCUGGUCACACCCCUUCAGUCCCAGAAAAUGUUCCUGAACAUCCGCAAUCGGGUGCUUCAGAUGUGGUUGGUCAACCCUAAGAUGCAACUCACGGGGGCCGAGGCCCUACGACGCCUGGAACCGCCUUGGAACUCAGACGAGGCCAUGGUUUUGCGGGUGCACGCCUUCCUGGAUCGACACGGCUACAUCAACUUUGGGAUCUACAAGCGCGUCAAGAAUCUCGAGACCAAAAAGACGGGCAAAGUCAUCGUCAUUGGGGCGGGGAUCGCUGGUUUGGCCGCGGCGCAACAGCUCAAAUCCUUCGGCAUGGAUGUGGUAGUUUUGGAGGCGCGAGAUCGAGUGGGUGGGCGGAUUGGCACCUUUCGGAAAGGCCCGUAUAUCGCGGACUUGGGUGCCAUGGUGGUGACGGGACUGGGUGGGAAUCCCAUCACGGUCCUGUCCCGUCAAAUCAACAUGGAACUGACCAAGAUCUCGCAGAAGUGUCCGCUCUUUGAGUCCAAUGGGAACACGGUUCCCAGGGAUAAAGAUGACAUGGUGGAACGGGAGUUCAAUCGAUUAUUGGAGGCCACCUCCUAUCUGUCCCACACCCUGGAUUUUAAUUAUUGUAACGGCAAGCCCGUGUCCUUGGGCCAAGCCAUGGAGUGGGUGAUCAAAUUGCAGGACAAACACGUCAAAGAGAAGCAGAUCAAGCAUUGGCGCGAGUUCAUCGCCCUACAGGACAAGCUCAAGACCAACCAGAGCAAGAUCAUCAGUCUGUACGAGACCAUCGAGAAAGUGCAAAAGCAAUUCAAAGAGUUUGAGUUCAUGACGGAUCGCGAUGUCAGCCAAGAGUUCAGUUUCCGUUUGAAACGGCGCGAGUUGAACAACUCCCUGCAAAAGUUCGACACGCUCAAAGACGAGGAGGAGGUGCUCACCAAUAAGUUGCAGGAGAUGGAAGCUCAACCGCCCAGCGACGUGUAUCUCUCGUCUCGGGAUCGCCAAAUCAUCGAUUGGCACUUUGCUAAUCUCGAGUUCGCCAAUGCCACACCCCUCACCAAUCUGUCGCUGAAGCAUUGGGACCAAGACGACGGGUUUGCCUUCACGGGAAGUCAUCUUACCGUCCGGAACGGGUACUCGUGCGUGCCCGUGGCCCUCUCGGAAGGUCUGGACAUUAAGCUGAACACCGGGGUCCGUCAAAUUCGUUACAGCCAAUCCGGAGUAGAGGUGUCCACUUCCAAUGCUCGUAACCACACCAACCCCGUCACGUACAAGGCGGAUGCCGUACUCUGUACCCUUCCCUUGGGCGUACUCAAGCAGUCGAUUGCUCAGAAUUCCCAAGGACUGCCAAAUACGGUGGCUUUCAGCCCACCUUUGCCCGAUUGGAAGGUCGAGUCCAUCAAGCGUCUCGGGUAUGGGAACCUGAACAAAGUCGUCCUGUGUUUCGACCGCAUCUUCUGGGAUCAGAACGAGAACCUCUUUGGUCACGUGGGCUCCACCACGGCCAGUCGAGGGGAGCUGUUCCUCUUCUGGAACCUCUACAAGGCCCCCGUCCUCUUGGCGCUCGUGGCGGGUGAAGCGGCGGCCAUCAUGGAGAACGUCUCCGAUGACGUGAUCGUCGGGCGUUGCGUCGCCGUGCUUAAGGGCAUCUUCGGCAACACGGCCGUUCCGGUUCCAAAAGAAACCGUAGUGACUCGUUGGCGUGCUGACCCGUGGUCCCGCGGGUCCUACUCUUUCGUGUCCACAGGCUCGUCCGGGAACGACUACGACAUCUUGGCCACACCCGUCAUUCCGGGCAAUCCAGGCAAGCAGAACGACAUGAUCAAGAACCCACCCCGUGUGUUCUUUGCCGGCGAGCACACCAUCCGUAACUAUCCAGCCACGGUUCAUGGGGCCCUCUUGUCCGGACUGCGAGAGGCCGGCCGAAUUGCCGAUCAGUAUUUGGGCUGCCCUUAUGCCCCGCCCUCGGGAACGGGCGUGGUCACGGGCGACGUCUUUGGGAAAUCCGACGCGGCCAUAAGCUCAUAAAUGUAUCAGUGUACAAAAAGCAAAAUAUCAAAAACAAAUAAACGUUAUCUUUUCUGUCUAUUAUAACAUUGACCAAUUUCUUUAUAUCGGCUUACAUACUUGGGUUGCAUAAUGACAGACCCACAAAUAGAAUCGUCGCGAUUAUUAGCACGGACACUGACGAUUGAAGUGCCCCAACCCCAUUGCAAAAAUCCUCUUGGCAAUAGCAAUAACGAUCCGGAUAAUCGCCUCUCAAAUCUCGGCAUCCAUCAUAUGUAUCCCCCAUGUCGCAGUCCCUGGUUUCAU